ACCCCAUCGACCUCCCGUCAGCUGCAACUGAAUUCCCCCCGUCUCGUACCUUUUUCUCCCAUCUCCCGUCUCCUCGUCUAGCCCGGCAACCAUGGCUGAAAUCCGCCGAAAGCUGGUCAUCGUUGGUGACGGUGCCUGCGGCAAAACCUGCUUGUUGAUCGUUUUCUCCAAGGGCACCUUCCCAGAGGUCUACGUCCCGACUGUCUUCGAGAACUACGUCGCCGAUGUUGAGGUUGAUGGCAAGCACGUUGAGCUAGCACUAUGGGAUACGGCUGGCCAAGAGGACUAUGACCGCCUGCGGCCCCUGUCCUAUCCCGACUCUCACGUCAUCCUCAUCUGCUUCGCUAUUGAUUCUCCAGACUCCCUGGACAACGUUCAAGAGAAGUGGAUCUCUGAAGUCCUCCAUUUCUGCCAAGGUCUUCCCAUCGUCCUCGUCGGCUGCAAGAAGGAUUUGCGUUAUGAUCAGAAAACCAUCGAGGAGCUGCGCAAGACCAGCCAGAAGCCCGUUUCCCCCGAGGAGGGUGAGGAAGUUCGCAAGAAGAUUGGUGCUCUCAAGUACCUCGAGUGCUCCGCCAAGACCAACGAGGGUGUCCGUGAGGUGUUCGAGCACGCGACGCGGGCUGCUCUGCUGAACCGCCGGGGAGGAAGACGCGACAAGAAGGGCAAGUGCUUAAUUCUCUAGGCGCCCGAUGCUUCCACACCCACACAACACAUACCACGAACUCGCACUUGUAAUCCAAACCUCUUCAUCUUUCCAGGCCUUUUCCUUUUUGUCUCGUCUUCGUACAGAGUCGUUUGCUGCCGCACAGGGGGAUGAUUUCAGGGUUUGUGACGGAUUUGAUCUCUUGGGCUGAACUCGCUGCACCCGGGUGGAGGAACGAGUAACUUGAACCGCCUGCAUUGGUUUCAGCUGGAGUUUGAUACUA